AUUUUCAUGCUGUCGAUCUGAACUUGUUCUAAAAUCAAUUUUUAUCGAGAAUGAAAAAGCAUCUACAAAAAUUGCAUUGCAAAAAGUUUUAGACGUAAUCGUAAACAAUUCGACCAAUCGGAAACAUUUUCAAACAUAGUAAAUAGUUGACCGCGAUUGGUAAGCUUGCUUACGACUUUGUUUCAGACUAAAAUCUAUUUACGUGCACUGGUUUUGUGAAAUCUGCAUAAACGAAAACAUUGUUAUCUAAUAGCUGUCGCCCAAAAACUACACAAAGAAAAAUGUGUUCGUUAAAUGAUUGCAGCUAUAAUGAUAACAAUGAAAUUCACGAAUUUACGAAAGACUUAUCGACAGAUGCAACACUAUGCAGAAAAUGCAGGUCUAAAGAUAUUGAUAUUUUGUUAGUCGGACAAAGCGGUUACUGUAACGCAUGUUUUUUGACUGCUACGAAUCACAAGUUUCGAGCAGCGCUCGGUAAAUCUAAAAUUAUUCGCCAUGGAAAUUCUGUACUGGUCGAUUAUUCGGGCGAACUAAAUUCCACGGUGCUUCUACAUCUUAUUAAAACUGGCAUGAGCGAGUCAGUUCACAAGAAACUUAUCUUCAAGACAGUAGUUUUGUAUAUCGAUGAUAGUACCGUAAUGAAAGAAACAGAUGAGGAAAGAUGCGCAGUAAGAUCUAAAAUUAUUGAGCAAAUCAAGGAUUUCGCAUUUACUGGCUAUACUGUAUCGCUCAGUGAAGUUUUAAAAAAGGAGGAUGAUGUAAAUAUAAAGCUUGUGGAUCAUGACCAGGAAGUGGAUAAUGAGAACAAUGAUCAACUGCUUACAAUAUUGGCCAAACUGCCAGAUGACACCUCGAGGCUAGAUUUGCUUUUUCAAUUACGGCGAAAGUUGCUCAUAGUUGCAGCUCGAAAACUAAACUGUGACAAGAUACUCCAAGCAGAUUGUGCCACGGACGUUGCUACAAAGGUGUUGGCAAAUAUAUGUUUGGGUCGAAGCGCGCAGCUUUCUACGCUCGCUAAUUUUUGCGACGCUCGAUGCGCCGAUGUGAAGAUACUCAAACCCAUGAGGGAUUUCACGCAGCAAGAAUUGUUACAUUAUUCAGAGUAUUAUAAGAUAGAUUCUCUUAAAUUGAGAGAUCUCGGUGUGUCAGGACCGGCGACGUCUAUACAGGCGUUGACACAGAAAUUCACAACGGGAUUGGAAUCUCAAUUCUCUGGCACGGUGUCCGUUGUAUUUCGCACGGCUGAAAAAUUAAGCGCGAGGGGCAACGAAAAUCAAGACGUGGAAAACAAUUGCGUUCUGUGCGAUGCAAAGCUGGACAAUGAGUCCAGCGAUCAAGUAUCCGCAAUUAGAGCAAUUCGAGUUUCUAGAAUAGUAUCGUCCGAUUGCGUUCUUAUAAAGAACCUUUCCAGAAAUAUGGAAAAGGGAGAAUCGAAUUGCGAAAGUUCGCAGCCGGACGAUAAAGAAUGCAGUGCCAAUUGUUGUCGGAGUAAUAAAAAGAAACGAGCAAGUUCGGAAGAUAUCCAGAAAUAUUUGUGUUAUAGCUGUAGAUUGAUAUUUCGGAAUUUGAACAUACCUAAUGCUUUGCCCGCGCCUUUAUUAUCCACCAUUGAACAAAGGCUGGCCUUAAGAAACAUGAGAAGAGAAAUCAAUGAUUUUUUGUUGUGAAUAGAGUGAAUUAUACUUGAAAAAGUUUUUUGAAUUUUUUCUGAACACCUACAAUCCAUCGUUUCAUUUGGGGAAGUAAAAAAAUCAUGCAAAAUGUGAGAAAGUCGGAUAAUCAUGGCUCGAAAAGACGUGGUACCUUGAAGUUUUGCACGGUUUGUAUAACUGGUAAAUGGCUUUCAAAAUAGCUCUGGAAAUAAUGUGUAUUGUCAAAAAAUUUCUAAAGUUUUCCAAUUUAUAGUCCAUUUUUGUACUAAAAAAGACUUAAACGUAUUAAGAAACGCACAGAUUCCAUUGUGCGCUGAAGUGAAACGGACGAUACUAAUCUCUAUUUUUAUUGCCUGUUGUACUUAGCAUUGUGUUGGGCUUAAGGCUCCCGAGUUGAGCCCACCACCACCA